UGGAGAACUUUGAAAAUGUUUGUGAUUUUGUGCCGUUUUCUCGUUUUGGCCCAGACCGUGGCUUCUUACGAGAGAAGAAUUUUUGACUCACAAAGUAUGGACGUAGAAAGCUUCAUCAUCAAAGCUGGCGACAACAAAACUCUACCUUGUCCUGGUGUGAACGAACAUACUCUCGUUCAAGCUCUGGAAUGGCGUUCAUCCAACCAUAACAAACUGGUCCAAUUCAUGAGCAAUUCAACCACCGGCUGGGACAAUAGGGUUUCCCUAAAUACCAAAACCUAUGGACUAGCAUUUCAUCCUGCUAUAGCAAACGACAGUGACGACUACAUAUGUUUGGUUAACAGCAGACCCAAACCAGAAGGCAUCGUUAGACUAAUUGUUCAAGAUGUUCCCGAACCACCGGGAAGGCCUUUUAUUGAGAGCUUUACCUCACGCUCCGUCAAUAUGUCGUGGCUCCCUUCCCAGAACACCCAUCACGGUCGCGUCACUCACCACAUCAUCCACACAAGAGUUGGCGAGGCUGGUGAAUGGGAUGAAGUUCCUGGAAUUCUUACACCUUCCAAUGGCAGCUUUUUCACAGUAACAGGUUUGAGACCUUAUACCGUCUACAGUUUUCGAGUUGUAGCAGUAAACAUCAUGGGCGUUAGUAAGCCAAGCAAAGAAUCCUAUUACAUGGUCACUCUCAGAGAGGCACCUACUGGUAAACCGGUUAUAACCAAUGCACACAACACAUCAGCAACUUCUCUUCGUAUCAGCUGGAGGGCACCACGUCUCGAUACCAUUCAUGGUGAAUUUUUGGGCUACCGCAUAGCAUAUCGUCCACGUGAUAGAGGAGAAGAAGCCUUCAAGGAAAUUUACAUAAGAGAUCCUAACGUGGAGAGUCACACAAUACAGAACUUGGAAACCUAUACUCAAUAUCUGGUAUCACUGCAAGUCUUCAAUCCUGAAGGUCCUGGACCCAAUACAACUGUUCUCGUCAUGACCGAUGAAGGAGUCCCUAGCGAACCAAGAGGAUUGACUGUUUUGGAUGUGACUUCCAAUUCCAUCACAUUAGGAUGGCAAGAACCGGAAGAUGUAAAUGGUAUUAUCGAGGGCUACAGGAUUUACUAUAUUAUGACUAAUUUAACCUAUGUGCAAUCCCAAAAGCAAGCAUCCUCUCGUGUUAUAUACAGCCUGACAAAUCUGAAACCCUUGACAGAAUACAAAAUAUGGGUAAAAGCGUUCACAGGAAAACAUGAAGGCUUACCUUCAGAUCCAGUCAUCAAUUCAACUGACAUUGGAGGCCCUGAUCCCCCUGUUAUAAUGAACCUAACAUGUCAGACCCAAGAUACUAUGUUCAUCAAAUGGAAGCGGCCAGUCAAUUUCUUUGAAUCUAUAGAUUAUUAUUAUAUCUACAUCCAUUUAGAUGAUCAAAUGUGGAAUAAUAUCACCUUACCAACAGACACCAAGUAUUUGGAUACCGUAUUUACUGUCUACAACGUCACAACUGAUGCUGUUUACAAAAUUCAGGUUCAGGCAUCUACAAAGAGCAAUAGAACAGGCAGAAUAAUUUACGGGAACUAUUCUCAACCUAAGUCAGUUUUUAUGCAACAAAAUUGCGAGAAAAUUCAAGAAUAUAUGCGUCAUACCACCCAUGAGCUCAGCGCUGGCGUCUUAGCUGGUAUUCUUUGUGCAACUUUGGCUUUUCUUCUGGGUAUAUCUGCCUUCGUAAUGUGGAGAAAAUGUUUUCAUGGUUCCUACUACUACUUGGAUGAUCCACCUUGUUCAGUACCAAAUGCAGCAUUAGACUGGAAUGCUUCUCCAGAUGGUGCAUCGGAUUAUAAAGGAGCCAUUCCCGUUCAUAUGUUCUCAAAACAUGUAAGCGAACUUCAUGCCGAUGGUGACAUUGGAUUCAGCAAGGAAUACGAAUCAAUUCAAGCUGAAGCUUCAACUGAUGAUCAUACUUCUGAGCAUUCUCAGCAUCCUGAUAACAGAGCUAAGAACAGAUACCUGAAUAUAAUUGCUUAUGACCAUAGCAGAGUGCAACUCUUACCGAUGGCUGGACAAAAGAAAGGUGUUGACUACAUUAAUGCUAAUUAUAUUGAUGGUUUCCAAUGGUCCAAAGCUUAUAUUGGUACACAAGGUCCUUUACCGUCUACCUUUGAUUGUUUCUGGCGUAUGGUUUGGGAACAAAGGGUCAACAUAAUCGUAAUGAUUACUAACUUGGUUGAACGUGGCAGACGUAAGUGUGAUAUGUAUUGGCCAAAGGAAGGUACUGAGACCUAUGGAGUUAUUCAAGUGAGGCUUAUGAAAGAAGAUAUUAUGGCAACCUAUACUGUGAGAACACUACAAAUACGUCACCUAAGAAUCAAGAAGAAGAAGUCUCUGAUGGCUGAGAAACUUGUUUAUCAAUAUCAUUAUACUAAUUGGCCCGACCAUGGAACUCCCGAUCACCCAUUGCCCGUAUUGCACUUUGUGACUAAGUCUGCUGCUGCUAAUCCACCAGAUGGUGGUCCGAUCAUAGUCCAUUGCAGUGCUGGAGUUGGUAGAACUGGUACAUAUAUAGUGUUGGACGCAAUGCUUCGCCAAAUCAGAACUCGUGGAGAAGUUAAUAUUUAUGGAUUCUUGAAACACAUUCGCACACAGAGGAAUUUCUUAGUACAGACUGAGGAGCAGUACAUUUUCAUUCAUGAUGCUUUGGUUGAGGCGAUUGAAUCUGGAGAGACCAAUAUUAGUAGGGAACAAUUCCCUAAAUAUGUUCAAGCAUUGCAGAAUAUUAUGACUGAAGACAGGCCUGAGUUAUGGAGACCAUUAGAGAUCCAGUUCAAUUUGGUAACCAGUUUCCAAUGCAAAGACUUCUACCUAGUAUCAGCGAAUAAAGUGAUAAAUCAGCCAAAGAAUAGAAGACCGGAUAUUCUACCUGUGGAAAGUUCUCGAGUUCAUCUGACUCCUAAACCUGGUGAAGACGGUUCGGAUUAUGUUAACGCUACAUGGAUGCAAGGUUUCCACAGCUUAAGAGAAUUCAUCAUCACUCAACAUCCUCUGAAACAUACCAUAAAAGACUUCUGGCAAAUGGUUUGGGAUCAUAACGCUCAAGUGAUUGUUGUACUAAGCAUUAUCGAUAAUCAGGAUUUCGAAAUUUUCUGGCCCAUGGAUCAAGAUACAAUUGAUGCCGAUUCUUACAAAAUAAAACUCGUUCAUGAACACGUCCAGUCGACUUACCUAACCAGAGAUUUUACCAUGCAAUCGAUGCAAGAUGACUACGAGAUACCAGUUAAGAUGUAUCAGUGCACCAACUGGCCACAUCACUGUGCCAGUAUCAACGAAGUUUACCUUCUACCAAAUAUAGUUCUAGAUUCCGGCAUUCAAAAUGGACCAAUCGUUGUUGUUGACAGAUAUGGUGGAACUGAGGCAGCUAGUUUCUGCAUUUUAGCGUCACUGAAGAAGCAUCUCACUUAUGAUAACCACGUUGAUGCGUACUUGUAUGCCAAAUUAUACCAUAAUCGUAGACCAGGAAUAUGGAAUUCCAUGACUGAUUAUUUACAGCUGCAUAGAGCCGUGCAAACAUUGUGUAGCCCUCCUGAGAACAUAACUCCUGAUUUAUAUUCCAUGACUAAUGGGGUCAAUGGUUCAGUUUCCAAUGAUAACUUAAGGGUGUCAUCUGAAGAACACCCAUUGAUACAUACCCAAGAUGUUUUGAAGUGUUAUCAUACUUAAAUGUUAUCAUUGUCAUGAGUCAUUUAAUCUACAAGUGAAGAGAAUAGCAGUAACCCAUGUAGUUUUGAUUGGUGCACAAAAAAUGUCUUUUUCUGUUCAAAUAUUUUCAGAAAAAUUUUUAAGAUUAAUACAUAGUUGAAGAUAUAUUUCCUUCCGGUAUUCAUUUAAAAAACGGACAAAUUCAUGAAGAAUUAUUUUAUCUGCAAAUUUGUACAUUUUUUGUGCUGAGCUGAUAGUUUGGAUUAUGUUGGUGGUGCUCAGAAAAUUAUUUGAGUUCACCAAUAGGAAAGAUUAGUCUGUAAAAUAUGUAGUUAAAUGUAAAAAUCUAAAGAGUAUAUUGAAUAUUGUAAUUCCAUAUUUAUAAGUGUAUAGCUCUAGUUUUUGUAUAUUGUUGUUUUCAAAAACUAUAUUGAUAUUCACUAAUUUUGAGUGGAAAGAGGGAAUCGACUCUAUCCUGUAGAAAGUUUGAAAGUUGAUGACCCUAAAUUUAGUAUCCGUCCACCCAGGCUUUGAACACUCAUGUUGAUUGAUAUCCCUCUUUUCACAUAAAGUUAUUUUAAUUUUCAUCAAAAGUCUCAUUUGUGUAAUUUUAAAAUUACUAUUUAAUUUAGUAUUGUAUUAACAAAGCUAUUAUUAUCCUGUAUUCUUCAUGGUUUUACUGAUGUUAUUUAUUUUUAUAUAGAUUAUCAGUAUGCAUAUAUUUAUUGAAUCAAGUACAUUAUAUUAAAUUAUAAUUUUAGUUCCUCCCCAGGAUAACUGUACCCUGUUUCAUCAUGUUUAGCAGAAAAUAUAGUAUUCUAAAAUUCUUCAACACUUUGUGUAUGUUGCAUUAUAUUUGUGUUAUCAAAAUAAAAUUCUAAAACGUA